AGACCCCAUUAAAGAGCUUCUGGAAGUAUCCAGUAUUCUUUUCAUGUCUCACAGAGAAAAGCACAAGCACUCAGAGAACGUUCACUGCCUGUUGAGAAGUGGCUCGCACUCCAGAGGAGAGAUGAACACGCUGCACCUUCUGGUUCUGACUCUGUUCACACUGACCGGUGUUCUCUCAGACAGAGAAUGGGGUGUGAAUUAUUCUGAGCCGAUCUGCGCUGUGAGAGGAUCUGAUGUCAUCAUUUCCUGCACUUAUUUCUACCCAAAGUCAGGGCAUCAGGUGGAAAGAGUUCUCUGGUGCUCAAUGAACUCAAAUAAAGAAAAGUGUCAUGACAGACCGUACGUUUAUGACAGCUCUACUGCUGAUUCAGGAGACUUUAACUAUGUUGGGGACAAAAAAUCAAACUGUACUUUAUUAAUCAGUAAUGUACAGUUCAGUCACUCUGGAGAGUAUAAAUACAGAUUUAUAACUAAUGUCGAGGCUGGCAAAUGGACAGGUGACCCUGGAGUGACUCUUACAGUGGCAGUUCUGCAGGUGUCAAUGAUCAGACUGUCUGGAAACGGGACUCUAAAGGAAGGAGACUCUGUAAAUCUGACUUGUGCUGUGAACUGCAGUCUCAGCUCUCCACAGUUUGUGUGGUUUAAGAACAGAGAGCGUUUACCUGAAUCAGGCUCUGUUCUUCACCUUCCUGCUCUGACUGUGAGGAACUCUGGGAAUUAUUCCUGCACUUUGAAGAACUACGAGGACUUCACAUCUGGAAUGAUCAGCCUUGAUGUUGAAGCCGACUUUAGCUGCCGUGGGAGCACAUCCUCCACAUUGGAGCAUCUGAAGAGGAAACACGUCGGCCCACUGGAUGAAGAAGAGGAGUCCUUGCCACGGUUGCCAUUGGCGACACUCAUGGAGGCUCAGACACAAAUCAUCGGGAAAGAGAGCUCAUUGUUCUGCCUGCCCCUCACUGCCUGGAUCGAACGUGAGGUGUAG